AUGUCACUUGAUUGUUUCAGAACAUUGUGUCACCAACUAGAAACAACUUAUGGAUUAAAACCAACACUGAAUGUAGGCAUUGAAGAGAGUGUUGCAAUGUUUUUACGGAUAUGUGGACACAACGAAGUCCAACGAGAUGUUGGUCUAAGAUUUGGGAGAAAUCAAGAAACCGUAAAGAGAAAAUUUUAUGAAGUGCUUAGAGCGACUGAGUUACUUGCUUGUGAUUAUAUCAAAACACCAACAAGGCAAGAACUACACAGGAUUCCGGACAGGCUAAUGGAUGGAAAAUAUUGGCCAUUUUUUAGUGGGUUUGUUGGAGCAAUGGAUGGUGUUCAUGUGUGUGUUAAGGUCACUCCUGAUUUACAAGGAAUGUAUUGGAGUCGACAUGAUAGAACAUCGUUUAACAUCAUGGCAAUAUGUGAUUUAAAUAUGUUAUUCACAUAUGUUUGGAAUGGAGCACCAGGAUCUUGUCAUGAUACAGCAGUUCUUACGAUGGCUCAAAACAAUGAUCCUGAAUUUCCUUUGCCACCAGAAGAUAAGUAUUAUGUGGUUGAUUCUGGCUAUCCAAAUAAACAAGGUUUUCUUGCUCCAUAUAGAUCUUCAAGAAACAUGGUUGUUCGGUACCAUAUGUCAUUAUUUGAGAAUGCUCCACCUCCUCAGAAUAAGCAGGAAUUUUUCAACCGCUGGCACGCAUCUCUACGUUCUAUUAUUGAGAGAACAUUUGGAGUGUGGAAGAAGAAAUGGAGAAUUCUUUGUGAAUUUCCUAGAUAUAAUAUUGAAGUGCAAAAGAGAGUCGUCAUAGCGACAAUGGGUCUACACAAUUUUAUCAGAAUUUCAAAUUCUAUAGAUGAUGAUUUUGCUGAAACAAUGGGGCAUUCACAUAUUGACAACAUUGAUCCGAAGAGUGAUUUAAACGUCAUUGGAACAACAACUAUAGCUGAUGGUGAUUUAAUGGCGAAUCUCAGAGAAAGAAUUGCAGAUACAUUAUGGGCUAAUAAACAUCUUCUAUAUUAA